GGGCCGGCCCACGCGGCCUCGCCCCGCCUGCGCUCCCGCGCUCCCGCCCGCCCACUCGCGCGGACCCCCGGAGCCGGCUUCGGCUCGCCGGGGGUGCCCUUCCCUCCGGCGGGGUGUCGUCGGGCCGCGGGGCGGGGCCUCAUGGAGGCCGAUCGCCCGGAGGGCUGCGGGGAAGGGCCCGCGGCACCGGGGACCGAGGGGCGGCCGGCGCCCGAGGCGCGGGUGCACUUCCGAGUGACGCGGUUCAUCAUGGAGGCAGGCAUCAAGCUCGGGAUGCAGUCCAUUCCGAUUGCCACCGCUUGUACCAUCUACCAUAAGUUUUUCGGCGAAAUCAACCUGGACGCCUAUGACCCUUACUUGGUGGCCAUGUCUUCCAUGUACUUGGCCGGCAAGGUGGAGGAGCAGCACCUGCGCACUCGUGACAUCAUCAACGUGUCCAACAGGUACUUCCACCCGAGCAGCGAGCCCUUGCAGCUGGGCUCCCGCUUCUGGGAGCUGCGGGACAGCAUCGUGCAGUGCGAGCUGCUCAUGCUGAGAGUUCUGCGUUUCCAGGUGUCCUUCCAGCACCCGCACAAGUACCUGCUCCACUACCUGGUUUCCCUCAAGAGUUGGAUGAACCGCUACAGCUGGCAGCGCACCCCCAUUGCCGUCACCGCCUGGGCCCUGCUGCGGGACAGCUACCACGGGGUGCUGUGCCUGCGCUUCCAGGCCCAGCACAUAGCCGUGGCCGUGCUCGCCCUGACCCUGCAGCUCUACGGCGUCGAGGUGCCCGCCGACGCCGAGGCCCAGAAGCCGUGGUGGCAGGUGUUCAGUGACGACGUUACCAAGCCAAUCAUUGAUAACAUUGUGUCUGAUCUCAUUCAGAUUUAUACCAUGGACACAGAGGUCCCCUAAGGCCCCGGGCCAGGCCUGUCCGGAGAGAAGUCCAGCACGGUUUGGCCACAGACUGGACUUGCUGGGCUGGCUGGGGCAGCGUCCCCACACCACCGUGAAGGCCCGUCCCCAGAGGUCUGGUGGGGAGGAGUGGUUUUGUGCUGCUGGAGACGGGCUGGUGACAAUGACGACGUGCCACCCACCGUGUGGGCUUUAUGCAUCGACCGUCCCCUGACGGCUGUGUUUCGGGCGAAGCAGGUGGGAUCAAGGUGGUCCGUGUUUGCAUUUGUCCUUUUGAGAGGGUCCAGAUGGCCUUCGAGGUGUGACUUCGUUGAAAGGAGCGUCAAAAUGUCACAUUUGACUGGGCCUCUGGGGAGAUUUUUUUUUUACAGCCAGAUUUAUAGCAAGUGUGAAUGUGCCACAGAGGUGGAAUUUUAUUUUGUGUAAUAAAAGUUGAUGCAAAUCAGUGCA